GAUAAGUCUUUUGGAGCUGAUUGGUCAAUGGCAGAGCACUUGGUGGAUACAUAGGCUGACAGUCCCAUAAAUACUGCAGGUAAGAGCGAGACCUUCAUCGAACAGGUUCAAUCAGCAGUCAUGAGGUCUUUGGUGUUCCUGGUGCUCCUUGGAGCUGCCUUUGCUCUGGAUGAUGACAAGAUUGUUGGUGGAUAUGAGUGCGAGCCUUAUUCCCAGCCCUGGCAGGCGUCUCUGAACUCUGGCUACCACUUCUGCGGUGGCUCUCUGGUCAGCGAGUACUGGGUUGUGUCUGCUGCUCACUGCUACAAGUCACGUGUGGAGGUUCGUUUGGGCGAGCACAACAUCGUACUUAAUGAGGGAUCUGAGCAGUUCAUCUCCUCUGAGAAGGUCAUCCGCCACCCCAACUAUAACUCCUGGACCAUUGACAGUGACAUCAUGCUGAUCAAGCUUAGCAAGCCCGCUACCCUCAAUCAGUACGUGCAGCCUGUGGCCCUGCCCAGUGGCUGUGCCGCUGAUGGCACCAUGUGCAGAGUUACUGGCUGGGGAAACACCAUGAGUUCCACUGCUGAUUCCAACAAGCUUCAGUGUGUGGAGGUCCCCAUCCUGUCCGAACGCGACUGCAACAACUCCUACCCUGGUAUGAUCACCAAUACCAUGUUCUGCGCUGGAUACCUGGAGGGAGGAAAGGACUCUUGCCAGGGUGACUCUGGUGGCCCUGUGGUGUGUAACGGUCAGCUGCAGGGUAUUGUGUCCUGGGGUUAUGGCUGUGCUGAGAAGAAUCAUCCUGGUGUCUAUGGCAAAGUCUGCAUGUUCAGCCAAUGGAUUGCUGAUACCAUGCAAAACAACUGUAAGAGCAAGACCUUCAUCGAACAGGUUCAAUCUGCCAUCAUGAGGUCUUUGGUGUUCCUGGUGCUCCUUGGAGCCGCCUUUGCUCUGGAUGAUGACAAGAUUGUUGGUGGAUAUGAGUGCACACCCCACUCCCAGCCCUGGCAGGUGUCUCUGUACUCUGGCUACCACUUCUGCGGUGGCUCUCUGAUCAGCGAGUACUGGGUUGUGUCUGCUGCUCACUGCUACAUGUCACGCCUUGAGGUUCGUUUGGGCGAGCACAACAUCGCAGUUAAUGAGGGAUCUGAGCAGUUCAUCUCCUCUGAGAAGGUCAUCUACCACCCCAAUCAUGACUACUGGACCCUUGACAGUGACAUCAUGCUGAUCAAGCUUAGCAAGCCCGCUACCCUCAAUCAGUACGUGCAGCCUGUGGCCCUGCCCAGUGGCUGUGCCGCCGAUGGCACCAUGUGCAGAGUUACUGGCUGGGGAAACACCAUGAGUUCCACUGCUGAUUCCAACAAGCUUCAGUGUCUGGAGAUCCCCAUCCUGUCCGACCGCGACUGCAACAACUCCUACCCUGGUAUGAUCACCAAUACCAUGUUCUGCGCUGGAUACCUGGAGGGAGGAAAGGACUCUUGCCAGGGUGACUCUGGUGGCCCUGUGGUGUGUAACGGUCAGCUGCAGGGUAUUGUGUCCUGGGGUUAUGGCUGUGCUGAGAAGAAUCAUCCUGGUGUCUAUGGCAAGGUCUGCAUGUUCAGCCAAUGGAUUGCUGAUACCAUGAAAAACAACUAAAGCUGAUUUGACCUCACAUAAAGCCUCCAGAUCUACAAUCCAUCAUUUUUUAUUUGUUUUGGAGAUUAAAAACCUGUGAAAAUAAAAGCAUUUAAAAUAA